AUGGAAAGAUUUUUUAAAAGGAAAGCAUCAACACCUGAAUCGAGCUCUGCUCCUUCGAUGCCUAGCGAAAUUGAUUUGAACGAUCUUCCUUGGGAUCCGGCCGAUAGGAAAAAGAUUUCGGAAUAUCAUCCUAAUCAAAUGGAUGAAAUAAAGAGAAAAUACUUGCUUAGAGGACCUUGUCAACCACGGGGUCAUGCAUUUCCAAAAAAAUUUGUCGGGAGUAAAGGAAGACGUUUUUGUCCGACUUGGUUUGAUCAAUAUGCUAAUUGGUUGGAGUAUAGUGUAAAAACAGAUAGAGCUUUUUGUUUGUGUUGUUAUCUGUUUAGAGAUCAUCACGUAGGACAAUGUGGGAGUGAUGCUUUUGUAACAGAUGGUUUUAGUAGUUGGAAUAAAAUGGAAAGACUUGGUCUUCAUGUCGGCGACAUCAAUAGUUUUCACAAUAGAGCACUUAAGAAAAGUGAGGAUCUAAUGAGCCAAGAUCGAUCUAUUGCUAUUGCCUUUCAUAAGCAAACUGAGAAGGAGAAGAAUGAGCACCGAAUACGAUUAGAUGCUUCAAUUAAGGCCUGUAGGUUCUUGUUGAAGAAUGCAUUGCCCUUUCGUGGUCACGAUGAAUCUGAAAUGUCUAUCUCUAAAGGCAUGUUCUUGGAAACAUUAGCCUUAAUUGGUGAUUGCAAUGAGAAUGUAGUUGAUGAGUCUAGUGACGUUUCUAAGAAGGAACAAAUGGCGGUGGUUUUACGAUAUGUUGAUGCACGUGGUAUUGUUAAAGAGAGAUUUUUUUGGUAUUGCUCAUGUGAGGGGACAUCUUCUUCAAUUCUUAAAUCUUCCAUUGAUAGUUUAUUUGUUGAACAUGGAUUGAGUUUGAAACAGGUAAGAGGGCAAGGUUAUGACGGAGCAAGCAAUAUGCGGGUUGUUGUGGCGGUUGCCAAUAAACAUGACGGAGUUGAGAACUUUUUUAAUAUGUUAGGAAUGGUGAUCAAUGUGGUGAAUGCUUCUUGCAARCGUAAAGACAUGYUUCGACAAAGUUACAAAGAUAGAGUGCAAGAAGCAAUUGGUAAGUGUGAAAUUGAUACUGGAASAGGGAAAUGCCAAGAGCUUUCUCUUAUACGAGCCGGAGAUACACGGUGGKGUUCUCAUUACAAAACCAUUUUGAGCUUGAUUACUUUGUUUCCGAAUGUUGUUGAAGUGCUCCKGUAUGUUGAAGAGGACGGGGAUAAUGGUUUUAGUCRCACUCAAGCAACUGGUAUUUUAGCAUAUUUGAAGACAUUUGAUUUUGUGAUUUAUUUGCAUUUGAUGUUUCAUAUUUUAGAGGUCACAGACUUGUUGUCACGGGCUCUUCAAAAAAAGGAUCAAGAUAUUUUGGAAGCGGUUUCAUUGAUAAGAGGAACCAAACAACUAUUGCAACAAUUUAGAGAAACUGUUUUUGAUCCACUUUUGAAGAAAAUGUAUUCUUUUUGUGAAGCAAAUGGUAUUAAGGCUUUGGAUAUGGAAUACCGUUAUUCAAAAAACGGAAGACAAAGGACCAACAUCACCAAUUGUCAUUAUUACAAGUUUGAUAUUUUCAACAUUGUUGUAGACAUGCACAUUCAAGAGUUUGGGGAUCGAUUUAGUGAGGUAAGUACUGAAUUGCUUAAAAAUAUAGCAGCUUUGAGUCCAUGCGAUUCAUUUUCGCAGUUCAAUGUAUCAGAUUUAUUGAAGUUUGAGCGAGUUGUAUCCUCAAGAUUUUAG